GAAAAACAAACACACAAACAUUAACCAAAUUCUAGCCUUCUAGAGAGAGAUAGAGAGAGAGAUAUCCAAUUCCAAACAAAGAGAUAGACACUGAAAAAGAAAUAUAGAAAAAACAUAAUCAACGACAACAACAACCAAUAACAAGUUUCUAAGUAAUGAGAAGUGGAGAUAAAGAGAUUCAUCUGUUUGUUGGUUGGUUAUUUGUUUGUUAAGAUUCAUUGAUAUAAUUCUAGUUUGUUUUUUUUAGCCUAUCAACUUCUAAUCUCUCAUUUCUCAAACAAUACUCUUCUUCUCUCUCUAAAACAUUAUAUUCUGUUUUAGAGAGAGAUAGACAAUGGCUCAAUUACCACCAAAAGUUCCAAACAUGACACAAAAUUGGCCAAAUUUUCAUCAUCAAAAAAUGCCAUCAUUGGGUAAUUUGAUGCCAACAGCAGCAGCAAAUGGUAGUACUCAACAACAGCAACAACAACAUUCACCGUCAUGGGUAGAUGAGUUUCUUGAUUUUUCAUCAACAAAAAGAAAUGCACAUAGAAGAUCUGCAAGUGAUUCAAUAACAUUUCUUGAAGCGCCAUUUGUGGAAGAAUGUAGAGCUAAUUCAGCUGGUUUAAGGCCUGGUAAUAAUGAGUUUGAUAGAUUGGAUGAUGAACAACUUAUGUCCAUGUUUUCAGAUGAUAUUUCAACCACUAUACCUCAAAAUCUAUCUUCAUCAAACCCUUCUACACCUUCUGAUCAUAAUAGUAUUAAUGACGAUAAACCUACACCGUCUGAUCAACAACAACAACUUAAGAAUGAAUCAGGAGAAGUACAGAGUUCAUGUCAAUCAGACCAAGUUCCUCCACCUAAUUCCAAUGGUGAUUCAAUUAUCGAUCCUAAAAGGGUUAAGAGAAUUUUGGCUAACCGACAAUCGGCACAACGAUCACGAGUGAGGAAACUACAAUACAUAUCCGAGCUCGAAAGAAGCGUGACAUCGUUGCAGACGGAAGUAUCAGCAUUGUCACCUCGAGUUGCAUUUCUAGACCAUCAACGCCUUGUUCUAAAUGUUGAUAACAGUGCUCUAAAGCAAAGAAUUGCGGCUCUAGCACAGGAUAAGAUUUUCAAAGAUGCUCAUCAAGAAGCAUUGAAGAAGGAAAUAGAGAGAUUAAGACAAGUUUAUCACCAGCAAAAUCUAAAGAAAAUGAACAACAGCAACAACAAUUCAUCAACUGACAAUCAGAACCAAAACGGUACUGAUCAAGAGGAUCAGCAACCAAUCAACUGAUCAUGAUCUAGUGGUGGUGGUGGUGGUGGUAAGACGGAAGAAUGGACAUUCACGUGAUGUGCUUCUCUUCUUUCAUUUGUCAAAAGUGGGGCUUAUCUAUCUCUGACAAGCUUACGAAGAAUGGAAAACUGUAGGAAUAUGGCAUGUGGACUAAUGAUUUUUUUCUUUUUUUUUUUAGAGAUUUGGGUUAUUGUUAUGAGUUAAAAUCAUUUUAAUUCUGUUAAUGUUUUAGGAAUUGGGUGUUAAUGGGGUGGGAAGCAUAAUGUUGGUGAUGAUUUUUUAAUAUUUUUGGUAAAUUUAUGAAGAACAAUUCUUUCUUCAUUUUUGGUGGGGGAUGGGUUUUAGUGUUUGGCUUUUUAAAGGUUAGGGGUAUGAUGGGGGGUGGGAAGGGUAGUGUGCUUUCAUGUCUUGAUUGUUUGUACCCUUAUUUAUUUUUAGUGUUUUCUUUCUUUCACUUGGAUGUAACUCUGUAAUAAUGUUUACAUGCCACUGUUAUUGUUUUUAUUUUGUAGAAUGAAGAAAAAGAAAACAAAAAAAUAUUGUA